CCCUGAUCUGGCCCUUAGCUGUGAUGUUCCCAAUGAAGCCUGAGCAGGAGGGCUGAUCUGCUGGAUCAGCCUGGGAGGCAGGGCGAGAAAGAGGCUGGGCGAGGAGCCAGGGGCGAAUCACAAGUGGGGAAAGGCAAUUGGGUGCAGGAGAAGUCACAGGCUGCGGAGGGGGGCAAGGCUCCCUCGGACAGGCAGCGCACUCCCGAGAGUCCCGUUGGAAUAACCACAGUCUCGAGAAAGCAGAGGAGGGGAAGGGCUUUGGGAAAAGAAGGGCGGCGAGGUACUUGGAGUCCUUCUCGCCUCCUUCUCUUUCUCUCUUUCUCUCUCUCCCCGUUGGCGCUUCCGAGGACUUUCCCCUUCCUCCCGACUCUUCUCUUGCAGCUUUGAAAGGCGCUCGCCGGAGCAAACCUCCUUUCUGCUUUCUCCUCGUAGAGCAAAGCAGGAGCUAAGGAAAGAGAGCUGCCCGAAGCUCCCAGGUCCCUCUUUGCAGGAGAAGCCCUCCAGGAACCGAGAGAGUUUGCUUCUCCUCCCUUUCGAAGGCGAGACGGCUACCCGGAGCGAGUCCUUCUCUUCCUUCCUCUCCUUCUUCCAGUUGGGACCUCGAGAGACCAGGGGAGACUCCUACCCUAUGCUCCAGAGAAGCCCCCCUUCUUGCCACUGGAGACUGGAGAGUCAGCCACAGGCCAGGGAAAGGUCUGGACCUGGUUUUUGCCCUGAGCUCUGGCUUGGAGGCACCUCUCCUUAGGAAGCUCUUUGGGUGCCUUUCCAGCCAAGCAACUUCACCCAAGUUGACUUUGUGACCCUCCUGCAGGUCACCUGAGAAAGGGAACUAAGAGUAGCAACGUGGCAAAUGCCCUAAGAAGGUCCUCCAUCCCCUAUUACCUGAGGCAAACCUGUAGAAGGAUGACCAGCAGGUGCCUUCCCUGACUUUUCAAGGAUAUUGUAAGGGGACCAGUUUCUUCCUCCCUUUUCCAUCCUCCUUCUUCCUCCUGAUAUGUGGCAGGUUGGUUUGCUCUUGAAUACAUAGAAGAUUUUUUUCCCCCUUGGAUACACACACGGCUUUGUGUUUCAUUGUGAGCAGCAAGGAAGGAAUCCACCCGGGAGAAUGUAUGGGGAUUUUCUCAACUCUACUGGGGCCACAGACGCUCACUUGAUCAUCCAGACAAACACUCCUUACAUCGGGAGCACCCAGAGACCUGUCAGCUCCUCGGCUUUUUACAUGUCCACCACCCGAGUGUUAAAAGAAGGUGAGAUAAAUAAGCCAGAUCUAGUGACUUACAUUAUUCUCUUCUUCUUCCUACUGCUGGCUGUGACUAUAAUUGUACUUUUCAUUAACUGCCAGCUGAAAAAUUCAUUUUUCACCUCACUACCUUAUGACAGAUCACUACGAGAAGCAAGGAGCCCGUGGAAGACGCAAGCUGUCUAGCAAAGUCUAAACAUGGACAAGGGAUGGGGUGCCUUCCAUAAUGCUUUGUUCUAUGCCAUUACAAGAGUCUCAUGGUCCUGAAUACAUGUAUAACAUGAUCCUGUUUCUAUUUACCACAGGGUGGAGGCAGCCACUUAGAAAUCAUAACAUGUGUUGUCAAAGUCUUUCAUGGCCAGAAUCACUGGGUUGCUGUGAGUUUUCCGAGCUGUAUGGCCAUGUUUCAGAAGCAUUCUCUUCUGACGUUUCACCCACUUCUGUGACAGGCAUCCUCAGAGAUUGAGGGCUCUGUUGGAAACUAUGCAAGUGAGCUUUAUAUAUCUGUGGAAUGUCCAGGGUGGGAGAAAGAACUUUUGUCUGCUUGAGGCAGGUAUGAAUGUUGCAACUGACCACCUUGAUUAGCUUUCAAUAGCCUUGUAGCUUCAAUGCCUGGCUGGUUACUGCCUGGGGGAAUCCUUUGUUGGGUGGUGUUAGCUGGCCCUGAUUGAUUCUUGUCUGGAAUUCCUGUGCUUUUUGAGCGUUACUCUUUAUUUACAUUCCACAGAUAUAUAAACCUCAUUUGUCUAGUUUCCAACAAAUCCCUUAAACUCUGAGGAUGCCUGCCAUAGAUAUGGGCAAAACAUCAGGAGAGAAUGCUUCUGGAACAUGGCCAUACAGCCCAGAAAACUUACAGCAAUCCUAUCAUAACAUGUCUCAUGAAAUGUCUCAUAAACAUCAAGAUACUGGCUAAAAGAUGUGGUCGGGGAGAGGGAAAGAAGGGGACUUCUUUAACAUUGUAUGACUUUGUACGAUAUAUGCAAAGACUUGUUUACCUUAUGUAUAACAGAAAUAUGUUCAGGUUUGACUACAACAAGGUAAACAUAAAACGACUUUAUGCUGAUUUGCACAAGUCAAACAUUAUCAGAGUGCACUGGGGUCUUGUGGCGUAUGUACUGCUACAUUUCAGACUACAGGAAUCAAACUUAUAAAUGCAGAUGUCAUACCUGUUUUUUUAAAAUAAAAAAAAAAACCAUUGCUGUAUACUGGUAUUUGUAAUGGCAAAGAUAGGUGGUCAACUGAUGGUGACACUACUGCUUAUAAAUGUGUGAAAAGAUUUGUUAAUCCUUAAUUAUGUUCUUAACAUUGUUGUGCCAAGGAAAUCAGGUUUCCCUGCCAAAGAAACCUGUGAUUUUCAUACCACAAUAUAUGCAUCACAAAUCAGUGGUUGAAAUUAAAACAAUAAUAGAAACCAUU